CAUCCCAGAGUAAACAGUAUGUUCUUUUAUAAGAAGGAUUUGCCAGACCAUUGUUUAAUGUAUCCGGAAAAAAAAACUUUGUAGAAAACAAAAACAAGGUUGGAGUCAGCUCGAGUGGGUGGGGAUAUCGGGUGCACACAGGCGGACUGAUAGGCGAGGCCUGGCAGCUCGCAGCGCUGGGGUAAACACAAGAGGUAUCCUUCCCCGGCCUGGGCACUGGAGUUGGCAGGCAUUCUUCCGGGGGCAAACAGCUACACAUACCGGCUUCUGUAAGGGAGCAAACGUGUAUAUUUCCUCCUGCGCUGAACUGGCAAUUGGCAAGGCAUCUUCUCCAGCUCCUGCACAGCCAAAGCAAAACAUCUUGCCACACCAUAGACAACGCGACCAAGCACUGGUUAAGUCAAGAAAAAAUCCAGCCAAGCUUGGUUCAGCUACAAUAAGCUUGUCUAAUUACAUACCAGAACAAUUUAUAGAACUCUCAGCAAGAAAACUCAAGUUAAGGGUGGGUGCCACCAGAAUUCAAAUACAUUUAUUUAUAUAGAAUGGUUUAUAGUUUUGAGAAAUCAAGACCUUGUAUCUUUAUAAUUUUGUGCAGAAUUACAUUGCCUAUGUUUUAGCAACAAAUCUCAAAUAUAAAUAUAUCAUUAGGCAAACACAAAUCUUGGAUACAUUAAUUAUAAAAUAAUUACGUGUGUUUUUUUUCUUCAAAAUAGUUCAGCAUAGAUAUUUUCAGUAGGUUAAUUAAGUUAAAUAUUGUAUAUUUGAUUGAAAAAAAAAAAAGUAUAUUUAAAAAGAAAUUUUGGCAUGAAAAUAAUUAUUUUUUAUAUUUAUACAGGAUUUAUAUAUAAUUGUAAAGGAUGAGGGCAGUUGUUAAAACAUAAGGAAUGUUUACAGGACUGACUCUAGUAAAGCUGUCUGUUUUUCACUACGUUGACGAUUCUUCUGGAUAGUGAAGUUGACAGCAAAUUAUUGUAGAAUGGACCAAGUGGUUGAAGACACUAAAACAGAUAUUUCUGUGAAAGCAGAAGAUCAAGGAAAAAAUAUAGAAAUUAUUGAAACGCAGGGAGGAGAGAGAGACACUUUAGAAACAGGAUUAGAAAACAAGGCAAGAGACUCACAUUUGUUGUCUAGUACAUCAGGUGAUAGCCAGGAGACAUCAGGUCAAUGUGAGUCCUCACUUACUGAGAGCAAGGAGGGAGUUUCAAUAUCUGAAACGGUAAAUGGUGACAGUCACUCUGAUUCAGAGCCCGGAUCAAGUAGAGCAACAGAAGCGUACACAUCUACUGAACUGACUCAACCAGAAAGCAAUCAACUGUCAGAAGAUGGCACUCCAGGUGAAAACCUAUCCCUACAAAAUGUACUUUGUUCUAGCGCAAGCACCUCUGAAGAGCCGUCAGAAGCCGCUGCAUCCAAAUCUCCUGUAAAUGAGCCAGGUGUAGAUUAUUACUUUGUGAAGUGGAUAAACUGGAAGGGGGAGAGGACUCCUAUCAUCACCCAGAGCGAGAAUGGCCCUUGUCCUCUGCUUGCUAUCAUGAAUAUCCUCUUCUUACGAUGGAAGGUAAAAUUACCGUCCACAGAAAAGGAAGUGAUCACAUCUGAGGAAUUAUUGGCCCAUCUUGGAGACUGUGUUCUGUCUAUUCAACCCCAGGAAAACUCAGAAGCGCUGCAGCUCAAUUUCCAGCAGAAUGUAAAUGAUGCCAUGACCGUUCUUCCUAAGCUUUCAACUGGCCUGGAUGUAAAUGUGAGGUUUACUGGAGUGGCUGAUUUCGAGUAUACACCAGAGUGCAUUGUUUUCGACCUUCUGAAUAUUCCAUUAUAUCAUGGUUGGCUGGUAGACCCACAGAGCGCAGAGGCUGUGCAUGCUGUGGGAAAACUCAGUUACAACCAGUUAGUGGAGAAGAUCAUCACCUGCAAACAUUCAAGCGACACCAAUAUGGUUACAGAAGGUCUCAUUGCAGAGCAGUUUCUGGAGUCUUCAGCUGCCCAGCUGACCUACCAUGGUUUAUGUGAGCUAAUGACUGCUGUAAAGGAGGAUGAAUUAAGUGUCUUCUUUAGGAACAAUCAUUUCAGCACACUUAUAAAGCACAAGGGUCACUUAUACCUUCUGGUCACUGACCAAGGUUUCCUGCAAGAAGAGAAGGUGAUCUGGGAGAGUCUGCAUAACGUUGAAGGAGACAGCUGUUUCUGUGACUCUGAUUUCCACCUCAGCCCACACCUAGAAAAGGAUACUUCAUUCAGUAGUCCCCAGCAGUUGCAGCAGCAGCAAGUGGAUCAGGAUUAUAUGAUUGCAUUGUCAUUGCAACAGCAGCAACAGGGACCUUUAGCAAUGAGCGACUUAGAGCUUGCAAGGCAGCUGCAGCAGGAGGAAUAUCAGCAACAGCAGCAGCAGCAGCAACAACCAACCCCUUCACAACCUCCCCAGCAACCACCACAGCAGGCAAGAGAGCAGAGUUCAGGCCGGCCUGCUGGAGAGCGCAGACCGAGACAAAAGCAAGAGUCUGAUUGUGUUCUGCUAUAGCUCACUUUAUACUCUGGGUGCUGCAGUUAAGGGAUUACCAUAAAGGGUGUAGUGCAAACCUCUCCAGAUGCACAGAAAGGGAUUAGAUUCCACCCUGUUGUGCCGCAGACCGUUUGGUCUGCAUCCACUCUUAGUUUGUAUGUAUCCUUGGGCCUUUAUGAAGCACAUAUGAAAACUGUGCUUUUCCUUUGUACUCUAUGAAAUAGAUAGAAGCAAGAAAUUUCAAACACUAUUCAAUUGCCAUCACGCUUUGUCCUAUUUCUACAUUUUCUAAUUUGUUUGUUACCUGAUAAAGGGGUUAUCUAAUGAGCUAAAACCACUGAGAAAAAUGGUUCGAGGUGUGGACAAAGGCCAGAAGAGGAAAACUAACUGUUUUUGGGUGUAUACUAUUCCUUUAUCGCUCUGCAACUAGCAUUGAUAUUGCCUGGGAAGUGGCACAAUAGUUUCAUCCUGGAAGACACUCUCGUCCAGGAUGUUUAAAGUCAGUAAAGUUAGGGAGUCGAAGGGUAAAAGUCUUUUCAGCCUGAAAGAUUAUUAUUUUUUAUUUAAAAAAAAAACACUUAUAACUUUAUUGUUCUACUGGUUGAAAAUCAUUCUCAGUAAACAGGCAAGGUUAUUGUGUUAUUACCUUCUACUGCAAGGCAAAUGUGUUAGUCAUCGAUCUACACACCUGAAGUUCAGUCUGUUGGGUUGUUAAAGUGUAUUUAAAGCAUGAUUUUGACACAUAAAGGGCAAUAUACAAGCCACUUUGUAAUAUUAAGUAAAGGCUUUUGUGCUUAACUUGUUCAUAUACUGUUAGAAGUUGAUGUCUAUUUCUAUGGACCUAUAAAAGACACUCCUUGUCCUAUCCUAUUCAAGCUGUUGGUACAAAGUCAGAGACAUUAUUUGUUCAGGGGAAUCUACAGAUUAUAUCACUCUACAUAUUAACUGCUAGCUACAUAAGAUAUGUCAUACCACACAGAAACUUAUAUAAUAAGUGUCAUUUCUUUAAAAAAAAAAAUAGAUAGUACAUUGGGACUGUACUAUACCAGUGUACACUUUUAAGCAAAUUUUGUAAUAUAAAUUUGUUUACAAAAA